UAGAGGUCACCGUGCGCUGCGGGGGGUCGGCGGAAGUCGUGACUGUCCGCCCGGGUGCUGUGCUCUCUUUAAACGCAGGGCGGAGAGCAGAGCUCCGAUCGUCCAUAAAGCGGAUUACAUCUUGCGUCUGCUGCUACAUCAUCUCAGCUGAUCCGGAGGAUUCCCUCCUGCGUGGAAACAAACAAGCUGUGCCUGUGUGCUCGGCUCUGCUCGGCUUAGCUCAGCACGGCAGCAUGGAUUUCAACGUGAAAAAACUGGCUUCAGAUGCGGGAGUCUUCUUCACCCGGGCGGUACAGUUCACAGAAGAGAGGUUGGGCCAAGCUGAGAAGACAGAGCUGGAUCCUCACUUAGAGAACCUGAUAACUCGGGCUGACGGCACCAAGAACUGGACCGAGAAGAUCUUAAGACAAACAGAGGUGCUUCUGCAGCCCAACCCAAUCGACCACACUGGUGCUCGAAUAGAGGAGUUCAUCUAUGACAAGCUGGAUAAGAAGCUUCCCUCCAAAGUGACCAACGCUGAGGUGCUGGGCCAGUACAUGCUGGAAGCUGCCAGUGAAUUUGGUCCAGGGACGCCAUAUGGCAGUACUCUGAUCACAGUUGGAGAAUACCAGAAGAGACUGGGGGGAGCUGAGCGUGAGCUCCUCCACACUUCAGCGACCACUUUCCUCACCCCUCUACGCAACUUCUUGGAAGGAGACUGGAGGACUAUAUCUAAGGAGAAACGUCUGCUGGAAAAUCGACGGCUGGAUCUUGACAUCUGCAAAGCACGCCUGAAAAAAGCCAAGCUGGCAGAAGCGAAAGCAGCGGCUGCGCCUGAUUUUCAGGAGACAAGGCCUCGAAAUUAUGUUCUUUCUGCCAGUGCAUCAGCGCUGCUGAGUGAGGAAGUGGACAAAGCAGAACAUGAGCUUCGCGUAGCUCAGACAGAGUUUGACCGACAAGCUGAGGUGACCAGACUUCUGCUGGAAGGCAUCAGCAGCACACAUCUCAACCACCUGCGUUGCUUGCAUGAUUUUGCGGAGGCUCAGGCCACUUACUAUGCCCAGUGUCAUCACUACAUGCAGGACCUUCAGAGGGAGCUCAACAGAUGUGCUAAUGCGGUCGGCACCUCCCUCCCCUCUUCUGCUGUCUGCCCCAAUCCCGUCUCCUCUGCUUUCAUGUCUGGACCAUCAUCUCCUGGCACCACAGUCUCCUCCUCAUCCAGCCAAAGGCCCACCACACUGGCUAUGGAGCAGACACAGCUUCCAGUCACAGGUACCAGAAAGGCCAAGGUCCUGUAUGACUAUGAUGCCCACGAUGCCAGUGAGCUUUCCCUGUUGGCUGAUGAGCUCAUUACCGUAUACACCAUACCAGGAAUGGACCCUGAUUGGUUGAUUGGAGAACGGGGGAACGAAAAGGGAAAAGUCCCUGUCACCUACCUUGAACUGCUGAGCUAAUGGACCGAUUAAACACACACACACACACACACACACACACACACACACACACACACACACACACACACACACACACACACACACACGCACGCACGCGCACACACACACACACCUCUAUCUACUGUCACAUGUGUGCGAUUAGAACACUUAGUGUGUUUUUAUCCGUGGCUAUACUUAUGCAAACCUGUGUGGUAAGUUUCUAUGAACACAGAGGACUAAUGUGAGGGAGUUACAAAUAUACUGGUAAACGGUUUUAUUUGUCGUGGCCACAGGGGUUAUCACCUAAUUCCAUUUGUUUUUAAUUAUGUGUAUCCAGAGUGUGAUGAUGUAACAGUUAAAGCUACACUCCCUCAUUUUGUUUAUAGUGCAGUGUGGGUGUUUUUGUUUGCCAGCCCUCAAUCCUACAGGGAUUUUAAUGCAAGUCAUUCAGGAGGCAUUGAGUAAUCCUUCGAAGGAUCAUUUAUUCUGACUUGGGUUUUUUGGAAUGUGGAUGGAAAAACAACAGUCGGUCCACAAGAAAGUUCAAUAGGGCAAGAAAGUGGAGCUGUCAGACAAACAGGCAGUUGAAAACAGGUCAACAAAUGAGCCAGAUUAUUUAAAACACUGUAAACGGUAAAAGAUGUUCAGCUCAUUCAGUUUUUAGUUAUUUUUUCCUGAAACCCUUUUGCCAACUUUUUAAUCAAUACUAUCUAAUUCUUUUGUUGCCUGCUGAGUCAGAUCUGAUACUUACAUCAGUAUAUGAUAUGUAUCAGACACAUAAAAAAAUAACAGCUGUUUUAGGGUUUAUAAGAUUAAAUUAUUGAUGUAUAUCAUAUCGAUAAUGACUGAAUGAAACUGACUUGAUAUGAUCUGCCAGUGAGAAGACAUAUGAAAGAACCCUUAACAGCUCACUGUAUUAUUAAUCAGGAUCAUGUUUAGUUGCGUAUGAAAUGUGAUAUACUUCCUCCUCAGAAGUAUCAUUUAAAAUGCUCCACAGCAUAAUCAUCCACACACUCAAAGAAUAAUGGCAGCACAUUAACAUUGCACUUUGGAUGCUGUUUGGUUCUGAUUUUUCUGUCCUUUUAACACUGCUGCUUUUGCAGCUAAAAAAAAAUAUCAACUCGAAAAUGGAUUAGGACUGUAUAUGAACUAUUAGACAUUUCUCUUCACAUACAUAACGUCAAAGAUAAGUGGAUCUGUGCAGUUAUCUCACUGACACAGUAAAGGAGUGCCGCGACACUGGGAGGCUGACUGAAAGUUUCAAAGAAUAUAAGUGCUUUUGCUGUUAAACUGGGAGCUCUAGGUUUCUUAUUUUUAACUUUUUAAGAUUCUUUAUUUUUAGGUUUAACUAUUGGCAAACUAAUGACAAGUAAAAGUUCAUUUAUAUGAGAAUAUAGCUCAUAUUCAUAGUCCCUACAGGACAGAUCAUAGAAAGCCCUACUGAGAGCUAGAGAGCUGGCUCCAGGGAUAGUAUCAGGACUCUACUCUAUUUAGAGCUAAGUGAUGUCUGAUGAGCAAAACUGUGUUUGGACCUGUUUAAUUGUCUGACUGCUCUACUGACCUAUUAGACUUCUUUUUAGUGAUACUACUAAAAAAAAAAAUGAAUAGGCCACUUAUGCAUUUCAAUUGUAUCCGUUUAAACUACAUAGUUUUAAUAUUUAACAAACUUAAUGUGAAACAAGUAAUACAAUUUAUGUAAUAGUAUUAAUAAACUCAAAAUGACUGCA